GAGCACGCAAUAAUACUCCUCAGAAGAAUCACAAAGCAAUUCAAAAUUUCCCCUUUUUGCAUAUAAAACUUCUCCCCAUCAACACAUAGUUGUCAACCAUUGACUGGGAAUUUCACUCUCGAGAUCGGCUCAGCUGUUCCUGGAUACUGGAUUUUUGGGCUACUCUCUUAUUAUGGGCUGCGCUGGAUCCUCACGUUCCAAAGGAGAUGAAACUGUUAAGAAGAUAAGAAAACCAAAGCCUUGGAAACAUUCAGAACCGAUAACAAGAGCUCAGCUUGUACAGAUGCGUGAUGAAUUCUGGGACACUGCGCCACACUAUGGGGGACGAAAAGAGAUCUGGGAUGCGCUACGUGCUGCUACAGAGGCAGACGUAAGCCUUGCACAAACAAUUGUGGACAGCGCUGGGAUAAUUGUUCAAGCCCCUGAUUUAACAGUCUGCUAUGAUGAGAGAGGUGCCAAGUAUGAGUUGCCCAAAUAUGUUUUGAGCGAACCAACAAAUUUGACUGGUGAAAACUGAGAAGGCAAUAUAAUCAAGUGUUCAUGCUUCAUUGAGAAUGUAAAUGGUGUAAAUUGCUCUCACAAGUCAUUUUUCUUAAACAUUCAUUUCGUUUUAUGCAUUAUGGUCCCCGUUUCAAGACAUCAAGAAUCGUCUUUGCCACAGCAACAUGCACCAUGGUAUUUUUUUGGACAUAAUAUCUCUAGCUUGAAGAGGCCUUAGCAUAAGUUUCAAUUUCAUAAGUACAUUUUGUCUAAAAAUUCUCUCCCCAGAUGCUCUUUUUGACUUGUUGGCAAAGCAGAUGAGCAAAACUUUAUUGUAUACUCUUUAAAUUCUUGAGCUCCUACUCCCUUAUAUUCGCGAUAAGGGGUUUGGAGUGAUGUUCUGUACUCCUGAUUAAGGGGUUUAUAUGUACUAGUGCUGCAGAAAUUUGUCAAUUUUGAGUUGAGCAAUCUACCUCUGUGUACUUGAGUUGGCC